AUGGAUCAAAAUUCGCCAGUCGACGAGCUGAGUCGGGAGACUAUCGCCGCCGACGCUCUUGGAGGUGGCGCCUCCGCGGCGGUUGAACUUCCUUUCGCCGGCGCCUCGGAAGUUGUGCCGCCAUCGAAUCCCGAGGAGAGGUCCAUGAGGCCUACUGCGCCCUCCUCUUCUGCUGCGCUUGGGAAGCAACCGGCCGCGUCUACUGGGGGUGCGACCCUUGCUACUCAAGGGUUGAGGGCUUUGGCGGAUGCGGUCAGGCCGAAGAAGAAGAAGGUGGUGGUGAAAGUAAGUGACUCACGGACCGCGGGUCCUUCGGUGACGGCGGCGAUUGCAGCCAAGCCUGUCUCUCCCGGUACGGUCACUCGAGGUGCGGGUAAGAGACCAGUGGAGUCCUCCAAUCCGGUCAAUGUUGCCAAGCGGUCCAGGACAGGGUCCCCUCGGUCGAAGACAGUCGAGAACCGUGGUAAGGGUGUGUCCCCCUCUAUGAAGCUGAGUCAAGUUGAUCUACCUCCUCUGGCGGCUACUGAUGGCGAGGCGCCUGAGCUCGCCUUUCAUACCAUCUGUGAUCAGCUUGUCAUGCCUCCGGAAUACACGGCUUCCUCGAGUGGCACUACCCGGCGCCUUGCCGGAGCUGCUACUCAGUUCUUCUUCGCAGCGCAGGUUGGGUUCUCCCAUAUUCUAAUGAAUAACGACCGCCUUUUGAAAACCGUCGAUGACCAGGCCGUGGAGAUUGCCAAGCUGAAGAAAAGCUCGAGUGAGGGUAGAGAAGCGCUGAUGGCAAAAGUCCGCCCGUUGUUGGAGCGGGAGUUUGAGGAGCGGUUGGCUGCGAAGGACCAGGAACUAAGUGUCGAGAAGGAAGCGGUUAGGAAGGCUUGCGAGGAGCAGGACCGACUUCAGGAGCGGGUGAGGAAGUCCGGCGAGAUGGAGAAGUUGCUGCUGGAAGAACAAGAGUCUCUGCGCAAGGAGAUAGAGUCGUUGAAGUUGGAGAAUGCGGCCGCUCUGAAGACUCACCAGGCGGAGCUGGAGACCGUACGUGCGGAAGCCGGGCCAGCAUACUUGGAGUCAAAUGAGUUUCAGGUGAUUGAUAACGAGAAGUAUAAAACUAUCGUUGGUAAUGCGGUUGCUGCCAUUCGACACUGGUUUCGUAUGGAUCAGCCUGAAGCGGUCUGGAAUACUGAUGAGAUUUGGGAUGCUAUUGGUGCAUGGUCGGAGACGGAUGUGAACUCCGAGAAUGAGGAAGAGGAGGGAGAAGGGACUUCUCCCGGUGAUAAUGCCGGGGGUGAUGGUGGUUCCCGCAAGUUGUGA